AUGCGAGAGGCGGUGCAGUUAUUGACCAGAUGGGUGGCAGGUCAGGAGCAGCGACGUGAGUCAGGCGGUGAUCAGGCACACGGGUUAGGCAGCUCGAGGGCCCGUGAGUUUUUGACUUGUAACCCUCCAGAGUUCUUCGGGACAAAGCCCGAAGAAGACCCCCAGGAGUUUCUUAGGGAGAUGCAGCGCACCCUACGGCUGAUUAAGGCCUCGCCGACGGAGUCAGUUGAGUUGGCCUCAUACAGAUUGCAUGAUGUCGCGGCCAACUGGUACGAGUCCUGGGAAUUAUCUAGGGGUAGAGGAGCCCCUCUGUUAGUGUGGGAUGAGUUCACGGAGGCUUUUACGAGACAUUUUCUACCACGAGCUACGGAGGGCCGGAUUGGAAGAUUUUUAUCACUCAGGCAGCGAGGCCGCAGUGUCAGGGAGUAUAGCUUGGAGUUUGACUCUCUGGCUCGGUAUGCACCUACGUUGGUGGCCGAUAUGACCGACAGGAUGCAUCAUUUUAUCAGGGGUUUGGAUAAGUAUUUGAUUGAUAAUUGCCUAGCCGUGGCUGCCCAGCCGGGUAUGGACAUUGCCCGCGUACAGGCGUACGCCCAGGGCAUGGAGGAUAGGCACAGGGGACAUCAGCCUGAUCGAGAUUUUGGCAGGAGUCAGCCCAAAAGGGCUAGGACAGGGACUGUAUAUGCAUUAAUAGAUCCAGGUUCCACAUUAUCAUAUAUUUCUCCGUUGAUUGCUGAUAAGAUCGGGAUAAAACCCGAGCCUAUAGAGCCAUUUGAGGUAGCUACUCCGGUGGGGGAUUUUAUUAUUGCCAAACGAGUAUAUAAAAAUUGUUCGGUAAUUAUAUGUGAUCGUUGUACUAAAGCGGACCUAGUAGAGCUGGACAUGACUGAAUUUGAUGCAAUUAUGGCGGAAGGUAGUUCGCUUCCAAUUCCCAGGAGAGCCAGUGAUAGAAUGGGCAGUUUGGCAGAUGUCCCGCCAGAAAAGAAAGAAAUAGUUCGUGAAGUCUGUCAGCUAGCCAGCCUUGGUGUUCGCCUAGCCGAUUCUGGAGGCAUUGGGGUUUCUGUCCGAGAAUUUGCUGAGUCCUCCAUUAUAGAAGAAAUAAGGAGACGUCAGUACGAAGAUCCUAUCCUGGUCAAGAUUGAACACCAGAAGCCCGGCGGAUUAUUGCAAGAAAUGGAAAUUCCGAUGUGGAAGUGGGAGAUUAUCAAUAUGGAUUUCAUCACAGCGGAUUUGGAAGCGGUACAUCCGGUAUUCCAUGUGUCUAUGCUUCGUAAAUUUAUCGGCGACCCUUCCAGAAUAUUUCCUGUAGAGGACAUUCAGGUGACUGAGGAGCUGUCCUACGAGGAACAGCCGGUGGCUAUUUUGGACCGCCAGGAGAGGAGAUUACGCACCAAGGAUGUGCCUUCGGUUAAG